AAAGAAUAAGUGAAAGAUGGGACUAUCCAAACAAAACUUAUUUGUGGCCACAAUUAAAUGAAUAAAACUCUCUCUCUCUCUCUCUCUCUCUCUCUCUCUCUCCAAGAUUCAUUGUUGCAGUCCAUGGCCUCCUCUUCCUUCACUCUCCCAAGCCUUCAAGGCCCUCUCCUACACAAAUCACAUUUUCUUGGCCAAACACACCUCUUUAAUCUUCCUCAGAAACCAAAUUUGAUAUUUCCCAAAGUGCCCUUAACCUUUCUCUUGAAACCCACAGCCAAAUUUAAACUCUCUGAAAUAUUAGGAGGCAGAGGACUCUGUAAUGGAGAAGAAGGUCUCCAACAAGAACUGAAGAGAAGCAUCACAGAACAACCACCAUCAACACUUGCCAUCAAAGACCAAGAGAAGAAGCUAGCUACAUCAUCAUCAACUGUUGAGACUAUCCUAGAAGAUGGAUUUGACAAGGAGUUACUAGGCUUGACUGGUGGAUUUCCUGGUGGUGAAAAGGGUCUUCAAAAUUUCAUUGAAAAAAACCCGCCUCCCAAAAAAACAGCAGUGAAUGAUGGAUUGGCCACCGCAGGGUUCAAUCAGAGCUUGAUGAAGAAGCCGAAACCGCCUGAAUUGCCACUGCUUAUGCCUGGUAUGAUUGCCCUUGUCAAGAAUACUAAUAGCCCAUAUUACAUGUACUGUGGCAUUGUCCAGAGAAUCACUGAUGGCAAGGCUGGAGUGCUCUUUGAAGGGGGUAACUGGGAUAGAUUGAUCACUUUCAGGCUCGAAGAGCUCGAACGCCGCGAGAAGGGCCCUCCAAUGGUCAGUCCCAGGUCUGUGGUUCUUGAAGCUUUGACAGAGAAGGAUUCAUGAUUGUCAAAAAUGCUCAAUUUGUGCAGAAUUUUUCUGUUCAGUGUAAUGUAUUUUAUAUAUAUAUAUAUAUAUAUAUAUAUAUAUAUAUAUAUAUAUAUUAUUUAUUUAUAAGUUCAAAAAAAUGCGCACACAUUACAAUAUUGCUUCUAACAAGACUCGAACAUUUGUUCUCCCGAAAGGGUAAUGUCCGCUGGAUUUUCAUUUUUUUUGACAUAGCAAUGUAGAAGGAAAAAAAGAGAGAGAUCUGUAAUAGCUGAAUGUGAAAACUAUCAAUCUGGAGAUUCAGAAUUGAUCA